AUGUCUCCAUCAGAUGAUUUUGAGGUCCUGGUGAAAGGGCUGAACAGUUGGAAUCUCCCUAAUGGCCCCAUUCCUUGUGAACUGCUGCUGGUUGGUGAAGCUGCCUUCCCAGUACUGGUGAAUAAGAAUGGACAGGUCUUCAUUGCUGCCUCCCAUUAUGGCCAGGGAUGCAUGAUAGUUAUGUCCCAUGAAUGCUACCUGCAAGAUAGCCUGUUGACUCAGUUUCUUUGCAAUGCUGUGGGCUGGCUCAACCGCAGGCCAGGAGCUGCUGUUGGGGUGCACAAGUCUGUGGAACCUCUCGCUGACAUUCUCCGUGGCUCUGGGAUGGUGGUGCAGACUAUGAAUGGCCUUGAGGACUCCCUGGGAGUUUACUGCAUCAAUGCCUAUGAUGACACCUUGGCCAAAGAGAUGAUUCAAUUUGUGAAAAAUGGUGGCGGUUUACUCAUGGGAGGCCAAGCUUGGUACUGGGCAAGUCAACAUGGAUGUGACAAGGUUCUAUCCAACUUCCCUGGGAACCAGGUGACCAGUGUAGCUGGUGUGUACUUCACAGAUUCCUGUGGAGAUACAGACUUCCUAAAGGUCUCUAAGAAAGUUCCUAAAAUUCCACUUACAGUCAGGUUUGGGGAGGACCUCUCUCAAGACCAAUACCAACUCUUGGAUGGAAUCACAGAGCUAGAUAUUAAUACUGGUGGACUGCCUUCUCAGCUUCUGGUUCAUGGAGCCCUGGCCUUCCCUCUUGGGAUGAAUUUUACCCUUGAUUGCUUCCUGGCAGCUGCACGCUAUGGCCGGGGUCGAGUGGUGCUUGCUGCUCAUGAGGGCAUGCUCUGUGCCCCCAAACUGAGUCGUUUUCUAUGCAAUGCUGUUACAUGGCUGGCAGGGGGACAAACAGGAAGAAUUGGGGUUAAUCAUAAUCUUAAAAAACUGUGUUCCCUGGUAUCUGACACUGGCCUGAAAUGCAGCCUGGAAUCCCAUCUGACCACUGAUUUAAGUGUUUACUGCUGUUCAGCCUACAAUGACCAAGAGGCAAGGAAGCUGCAUGAGUUUGUGGCAGAAGGUGGAGGUUUACUGAUUGGAGGCCAGGCCUGGUGGUGGGCCUCACAGAAUCCUGGCAAGCCUGCUGUGGCAGAUUAUCCUGGAAACCACAUCCUCAACCCCUUUGGCCUCAGCAUCUUAGAUUAUAGUCUAAAAAGUGGCCGAUUUCCUGUUCAAGUGACUGGUAAAGAGAACUAUCAUUUCCGCUCAGCAUUGUCUAAGUUCCAGGAUGAAGUGAAAGGAAGCAAGGUCUUGAAAAAAAGCUGGCAAUCUAAGCUAAGGAGGGACUGUGGGGCCUUCCUGAAGAUUCCUGCAGAAGGAAUCCCUGCCUAUGCCUCCCUACAUAGAGUCUUGAGGAAGAUACUCAAACAAACUGGCCUCCCCCAUGUCAGCCAGGAUCAUCCUGUGCACAGCAAUUCCUGUGAGGCCACCCUGCUCUGUGUGGCCACUGAGCUUGUUCAAAGUGGGACUGACUGCUUUUCACUGGUCCACAGAGCUACGAAUGGGACUUGCCCCUCCCAACUGUAUGCCCCAGGACCCCCUGUCACCCUGGAGAUCAAUGGUACCAGUCCAGAUGUCACUGUAUGGGUGAGCACCGGACUCUACCUCCCUGAAGGCUUUACUGUAAACAUCAUGAUGCCAUGUGCUGCCACUUCUGGCCUACAGGUACAAAUUGGCUGCCACUCUGAUGAUCUCCAUGAGGCUAAGAAGCUUUGCCGAGCACCUGUGGUGAUUCACAGAUGCUGCCUGGACAGACCAGAGCUGUCAGUGUCCUCCCUCUGGGGGGGGCUCAUCUAUGUACUUGUGCCCAAGGGCAGUAAGCUGGGUCCUGUGUCAAUCACCAUCACUGGAGCUGUGCCUGCUCCUUACUUCAAGCUGGGGGAAACAUCUCUAGAGGAGUGGAAGAGCUCCAUCCGCCAUCGCCCAGUGCCCUGGGGGGAGCUGGCAACAGACAAUAUCAUCCUCACAGUGCCAUCUGAACAUCUUCAGGAUCUGGAAGACCCGGAGCCAGUGCUUCAUCUCUGGGAUGAGAUGAUGGGAGCUGUGGCCAAACUUGCAUCAAUAAGCUUCCCUUUCUCUCAGCCUGAGAGGAUUGUGGCUGAUGUACAGAUCUCAGCUGGCUGGUUGCAUUCAGGAUACCCCAUUAUGUGCCACAAGGAGUCAGCAGAGGAAUUAGUCAAUGAGAAGAGAAUAAGGUCUAGUGGUCUCUGGGGCCCCAUCCAUGAGCUAGGCCACAACCAACAACAACAGGUCUGGGAGUUCCCCCCACAUACAACUGAAGCUACCUGCAACUUGUGGUCUGUCUAUGUACAUGAGACAGUGCUAGGAAUCCCCCGGAGUCAAGCUCACCUGAAACUGGCUCCCUCAGAUAGGGAGACCAGGAUAAAAGAAUACCUGAGAAAGGGGGCUCCCCUGAAAAAAUGGAGUGUUUGGACAGCAUUGGAGACUUAUCUGCAGCUCCAGGAAGCCUUUGGCUGGGAGCCUUUCAUCCAGAUCUUCGCUGAGUACCAGACCUUAUCUGGGGUGCCCAACAACAAUGCUGGCAAGAUGAACCUGUGGGUGAAACAAUUUUCUCACCAAGUGCAGAGGAAUCUGGCUCCUUUCUUCCAAAGCUGGGGCUGGCCUAUCCAGAAGGAGGUGGCUGCUUCCCUAGCCUGCCUGCCUGAGUGGCAGGAGAACCCCAUGAACAUGUACCUUCUCAUGUUGAGUUAA